CCCACGUCCUCCACAGUGCGAUAGAGAGGCUAUAGGCUGCUGCUUUAUUCGUCUGCUGGGGCCGGCUGCAAGUCAAGGGAUUUUAUUUCUUCUCCUGCUCCACUUAUUCAACUGGAUUUACAGCUAAAUUCUACGUUAUCAUCAGUUUUUACACUUUCAAAAUCUUUUUUUUUAUUUUAGUUUGCUGUCGUGAAUUAACCUUUGUUUCGCUUUAUUUUUAUUUUUUUUAGAUUAUUCUUGCCCUCCAGUGUGAUUUCCACUUUCAGUUAGUGUGGCAAGUGUGACAAUAUCUUGUUGCGCUAUUAAGAAAUUCAGGAGAGAAACUUUUUUUUCUGGCUUCAAUUUGAGUUAUUCCGGGCUUUGUUUUUUUUCCCCAUUUUUGGACUUGGAAAAACAAUUUCCACCAUGCACAAGCUAUACAUUGGGAAUCUAGGCGACAGCGUGACUGCCGAGGACUUAGGAAAAACCUUUGACGACCACAAGAUCCCAUACUCCGGACAGUUUCUAAUGAAAACCGGCUAUGCGUUUGUGGAUUGUCCGGACGAUCAAUGGGCCAUGAAGGCUAUCGAGACGUUUUCGGGUAAAGUGGAACUCCAAGGGAAACGUAUUGAGGUCGAGCACUCCGUCCCCAAGAAGCAAAGGACCAGGAAACUGCAGAUCAGAAACAUUCCACCUCACCUGCAAUGGGAGUUGCUUGAUGGAUGUGGACGGAUAAAGCACUUUGAACAGAUGAACACAGACAGUGAGACUGCAGUGGUUAAUGUCACAUAUGCAUCCCGGGAGCAUGCCAGGCAAGCCAUCCAGAAGCUGAACGGAUACCAGUUUGAGAACAACGCCCUGCGCGUCUCCUACAUCCCCGAUGAGAACUCCGAGCUGGAGGGAGGCCAGCGGGGGCCCGACAAUGGCCGGCGCCCAGGCUACGGGCCUCGAGGCGGGCCCCGCGGUGGGUCCCCGAGCUCCGGGAUGCCCUCUAAACCUCCGCACGCCGACAUCCCUCUGAGACUGCUGGUGCCCACGCAGUACGUCGGAGCCAUCAUCGGCAAGGAGGGAGCCACCAUCCGCAACAUCACCAAGCAGACGCAGAGCAAGAUUGACGUGCACCGCAAGGAGAAUGCCGGCGCUGCUGAGAAGCCGAUCAGCAUCCACUCCACCCCUGAGGGCUGCUCAGCCGCCUGCCGCAUGAUCCUGGACAUCAUGCACCAGGAGGCUAAAGACACCAAGACUGCCGACGAGGUUCCUCUAAAGAUUCUGGCUCACAACAACUUUGUCGGACGCCUGAUUGGGAAGGAGGGACGCAAUCUGAAAAAAGUCGAACAGGACACAGACACCAAGAUCACCAUCUCCCCUCUUCAGGACCUGACACUGUACAAUCCAGAGAGAACCAUCACAGUCAAAGGCUCUAUUGAAGCCUGCUGUCUAGCCGAGGUGGAGGUCAUGAAGAAGGUCAGAGAGGCCUACGAGAAUGACAUCGCUGCUAUGAAUCAACAGACCCACCUGAUCCCUGGGCUCAACUUGGGUGCUCUGGGCCUUUUCCCCUCCUCCUCCAACAUGCCCCCACCCCCGCCUGGAAAUGCAUCCGCUGGUGCCCCCUAUGGUUGCUUUGGGGCUCCAGAGCAGGAGACAGUCCAUGUGUAUAUCCCAGCGCAAGCAGUGGGAGCCAUCAUUGGAAAGAAAGGACAGCACAUCAAACAGCUGAGCCGCUUUGCUGGGGCCUCAAUCAAGAUCGCCCCAGCUGAAUCUCCUGACUCUAAAAUGAGGAUGGUGAUUGUGACAGGACCCCCUGAGGCUCAGUUUAAGGCCCAGGGCAGGAUCUAUGGCAAACUGAAGGAAGAGAACUUCUUUGGUCCAAAGGAGGAGGUCAAACUGGAGACUCACAUCAAGAUGGCCGCUGCUGCUGCAGGAAGGGUCAUUGGCAAGGGAGGCAAGACGGUGAAUGAGCUGCAGAACCUGACAGCAGCUGAGGUGGUGGUCCCCAGGGAACAGACACCUGAUGAAAAUGACCAGGUCAUCGUCAAAAUCAAUGGACAUUUCUACGCCAGCCAGUUGGCUCAGAGGAAGAUCCGGGACAUCCUGACCCAGGUCAAACAGCCACAGAAAGGCGGCAUGGGCUCGGGCUCUGGCCCUAACCCCCAGGGCUUCACAGAGAUGGGCAGCCCUACACAGGGACUGUCUCAGGACCACCAGCCGCGCAGGAAGUGAGGGUCCCAGAACCCUCCUUACAUGCCGUUGGCCCCCCUGCCUGACGGACAGACAGACAGACAGACAAAUGCACGGACGGAUAGACAGACGGACGGACGGAUACAGGAGAGCGACACACGGACCCAGCGAUAGAUAGGGAGAGAUAUAAAGAGGGAGGUAGUACGCCCGAUAGCCAGUGAGAAAGAUUGGCGUUUAGAGAGGAAGAGAAGAUUAAUAAAAUCAAAAGCUGAAAUGAAUAAAAAGAGGAUUAAGAUAAAAAGAAACUUGAGAACAGAAACCAGAUGCCAGGCUAGAAGAGAGACUGAUUGAGGAUGGAGGGAUGAAGGAAUGGACGGAUGGAGAGAGGAAGGGGCGGCGUCCUCCUAGUGUGCCUUGCUAGGGCUGCAGCCAGCUUCUCAUCUGCUGCAGCUUUAACAGAUCGUGCAUCAGACAGGUUUAAACAAUAUGGCCGACAUUACUCUCCUUGUAAGGAUGGAGCCUUACUGCUGUUGUUUCCACCUGUCCACAUGGGUUCAGGUCUACUGCAGAGGGGAGAGGCUGGCUAGACAAAUAUUUGUUUCCUGAGACACACUAGCAGGGGCCCGUUUGUUCCUCUGUCGCCCUUUACGGACCUCUCCAACCAUCUGCAGUCAGUCCUAUAUUUUAAGGGUGGUUUUUUUAAACAUAGAGAUAUAUGUAUAGAAAUGUUUUAUUCAGAGCUAUUAUUGAUAGAAUGCAGUGUGGCGGAGCCGGGAGAGGGAGCAGGGAAACUGCUGCAGCGGUGCAGGGGGAUAGGUUACGGGUCUGGCAUUAGCCCUACCCACCCCUAACCUCCUAGCCAAUGAGAGUCUAGAAGAGGGGCCGCAGAUGUUAACACUGCUCUUUAAAGACCUCUCCGAAUAGCGGAGGGAUUAGAAGAAAAAAAGAAAAAAGGAGAAAAUAUGAGGUUGUAAAUAUAUAAUCUUCAUGUAAAUGUUAAGAAAUGCUGUGUCUGGCCGCCUUGCCUUUUUUUUACAAAGGGGUCUUCUGUAUAUUUCCCAGUCCCUUGCCUAUGAAGCAUAAUGUAGCCUACUACGAGGCCGGGGCUGGGGAGGCACUGAGCUCCCCCUUCCACGAUUAGCCGUGUGGCGGAAGGCGCAGCAAGAGACAGUAAGGGGAGCGGAGGUCGCAGCUGGUCCUGCAGUUCUAUUGCAGCGGCUUAGCUCACACAUGUGAAACCAUUAUAAAACAACUUUAUAAAAACAGCCAGCAGCUAUGCUAGGUGGCUAGCGGCCCGCACCUUAAACGGCAUAUUUUAUAUAUAUUAUAUAUAUAUGAUAUGUGAGUUAGCCCGGCCCCUCGGGUGAAUGUAUUAAAGGCAGCAAGUCAGGUGUGAGGAUUUGCUACACCUGUAUGAAUUAGUCCUGCAAUGACAGACAGACAAGGUGUGUCUGAGACUUUCUGCUCAUUGCCUUCCUCCAGUGCUGGAUACGCAAGGCCAGUCUUGGACAGGAUGGCUUUCUCCUCAGAGGAGCUGGGGUCCUUAAGACCAUCCCUGCAUUAAAGCCAACUUUCUUCAUUUGGACAAACAUUGGCCUCUAAUGCUUGUAUUCAUUUCAAAUAAAUGUUUGAGACUGGCCUUGGCCAAGC